CCUAGUAAUCACUUAUUGGUUUACAAGCUUUUUUCUUCUUCUUCUGUCUGACCAAAAAGAGGACAAAAAAGGUUGCAUGCUCAGCUCUCUCAGGUGUAACAGAACCUCUAAAACUGUUCAUAAAUAAAGCCAGAAAAGAGUCAAUAAUAAACACUACUCUGUUGAUAAAACCAAUGUUUAUUUAAUUCUUUGAUUUCCUCUCUGCUAAUGGUCUUGGAUAUAAAUUGCUUUUGGUCUACUUCUUCACUGUAUCUGUUUGGGUUUUUGUUCUCUUGUUGCUGCAUGCAGGCUAAUGGAUUCUGAGUGAUUCUUCCCCUUCUCGGUUUUCUGGGUUCUUCUGUGGAAUAAAUGUCCUUCGUUGUGAAUCAUUGGGCUUUGUACAUUUCAAAGUUGUGAAUCGUUGGGCUUAUGCACAUUUCAAAGAUUAGGACUUUAGUUUUUCGUGUGUUGAAUAUAGGGGUUUGAAAUUGAUUCCUGGAUUGGUUGAUUCCUAGUUGUGAAUCAUUGGGCUUUGUGCAUUUCAAAGAUUAGGACUUUAGUUUUUGGUGUGGUGAAUAGAGGGGUUUGGAACUGAUUUCUGGAUUGGUUCAUUGAUCAGGUGAGAGUGGGUAGAUAGAUAGAUAGAUAUACUGGUGAAUGGUAACUCAUGGGAUGGGAUCUCAGGGGGGAGUUGGUGGUGGAAAAGAAGCAAAGCCGAAUGUUUUGGCUAGGCAAGGAUCACUCUACAGCCUCACUCUUGAUGAGGUUCAGAAUCAAUUGGGGAAUUUUGGGAAACCACUAAAUAGCAUGAAUCUUGAUGAGCUUGUUAAAACUGUAUGGACUAUUGAGGCUAGUCAAGAAUUGGGGGGAAAUGAUUAUGGGGCAGCGCAGCACUGGACUAAUUCCCUGCAUCGACAAUCAUCGGGCAUUACAUUGUCCAGAGAUCUCAGCAAGAAGACUGUUGAUGAGGUGUGGCAGGAUAUUCAACAGGGGCAACAGAGGGAUAGUAGUAUUGAUAAGAGAAGUCAGGAGAGACAACUUACUUUUGGUGAGAUAACUCUGGAGGAUUUCUUGGUCAAGGCUGGAGUGAUUGCAGAGUCGACCCAAGGCAGGAGAAUUUCGGGUUUAGUUUUAGGGGUUGAUUCAAUGUCAUUGGCACAGCAAGCUCAGUGGCCACAUUAUCAAAUUCCCACAAUGCAUCAGGCACCGGAACAGCAGCUUCAACAACAACAGAAUAUCGUACCAGUUUUUAUGCCAGGCCAUCCGGUUCAACAGCCUUUACCUGUUGUUGCUAACCCAAUUGUGGAUCCCGAAACUCAGAUGAUAAUGUCUCCAUCACAUCUAAUGGGAACAUUAUCGGACACACAAACAUCUGGAAGAAAGCGGGUUGCUCCAGAGGAUGUGAUCGAAAAGAGUGUCGAAAGGAGGCAGAAGAGGAUGAUCAAAAAUAGGGAAUCUGCAGCUCGGUCACGAGCAAGGAAGCAGGCUUACACCCAUGAACUAGAGAACAAGGUUUCACGGCUUGAAGAGGAGAAUGAAAGACUUAAAAGACAGAAGGAGAUGGAGAAGAUUUUACCAAGUGUGCCACCUCCAGAGCCUAAGUAUCAGCUUCGCAGAACAAGUUCGGGCCCUAUCUGAGAUAUAUAACUUCAUGUAGAUGAUUUUAAUGUCAUUGAAAAUUUCUCCAGCUAGUCGCACUCUUUCACCUCUCCUUUGUUCUUGGUCAAUGGAAACCUCUUCUAGUGAUUCCUAGUUGAUGUGAUUCCCUUGGCUGUGUGUAUUCCCCUUGCCAUGUAAUGUCUCCCUUUAUAUAAAUUUUAAUAGUUUGGACAUAGAGAACAUGAUUUUCUUAGUUUCUUCCCAGUUUCAAAGUAAAA